AUGAAAAUGCCGCCAUGCACUUCCUGCAAAAGAAAUGUGAUUUGUGUACGCACUUCCAGCAUGAGAAAUUUCGUUUUGAUGUGGGGAGGGGGUAUUUUUCACUGUAAUACGCCGUGCACGGUCACCUUCGACCGCCCGGACGACAUGUACGUCAGCGACGACGUGCUACGGAUUGCAAAUAUGUCUGGGUCUGGAAAAAUGUUGGAGCUUGUAAUGCUAGUUUUCCAUACCUAGAAAAUCUAUAUUGCAUACCCAACAAAACUAGUCACAGCCUCUUUUGUACAUGCAAAAACGCAAUUUCUCAUGCGGAUUGCCUAUGAGAAAGCGUUCUGGAAAGUUGUCAUGCUGGGUUGAUGUAUUCGGAAUUGUUUCCAUCAUCCACAUUUUAGCAUCACAAAUUUCCACACCCAGAAAUAGAAAUAUUUGCAUUUGAUACGUGCCGUCCAUGAGCAACUUGCCGGCGGGGGCGAUUGACGCGUGGGUGUGGCUGAAGACGCCGGGGGAGGUGGACGGGUGCAGUCACGCCGUGAUCUAUCCAGGAAAAAAAGUGUGUAAGUGUAACUUUCUUUGACGAACAGCAUCACAAAUUUGCUCUACAUGACAGAGAAAACCUGUCAUGCAUGGUUUAUAAGGGAAAACACACAUGAAAAUAGGACUUCAUGGCUGUCUGGCAUGACAGGUGUAACUCUGUUGCAUCUUCUGCAACACAAAUUUACACUUACACAGUUUUUUUCUUGCAUAUGAUCCCGGCGAGCUCCUGGUGGAUGACGGCGGAGGCCUCCGUCUUUCGCGACUUGGUCGGCGGCACGGGGUUAUGAACUGUAAAAGUGUCUGGGUCUGGAAGAAUCCAACUUGUCAUGCUGAUUUUGGAUUGUAAAAAAAUCUGUAUUGCAUGAGCAGCAAAGAGAGCCCAAGUUUUGCUACACGGAAAGAUGAGCAUUUGUCAUGCGGUAUAGGCAUCAGGUAGCCCUCACAAAAUCUGUGAUGCUAGGGCAUGCAUCACAGACAUCAAAAGUCAUGCAAAACGUGCAUGACAAAGAACCUGGCAAUCUUCCAGACCCAGACAUUUUUACAUUUGAUAGGGGUGGGACCCCACGGCGAAGUUCUGCAACGCGAACGUCGACCACAUGUGCGAGAUGGCGGUUAUGGGAUUCUCAAUUGUUACAUUCUCAACUGUUACAUGAAUUUGUCAUGCAAAAGCACCAUCAUCAUCCUCACGCUCACGAUCAAGCUGCUCCGCAUGACAAAUUUGCGAAGGGCUGAGCCGUGCCGAAAUCUGCGCCAGCCUUGUAAUGCAAAAGGCGCAAUCUUCCUCCUUUCACUUUUGCCAGUCUUGCAUUACAAAUUCAUGUAACAGUUGAGAGUGUAACGUUUGAGAACUUCAUAGCUGUGGGCGACGUGCAGGGCCUGUGGGCCGGGAGCGGCACCCCCAUCGAGAUCCCGGACGCGGGCCGGUUUUCGCCCCACAACAUCAUCACCCUGGCGACCAACGCUGCGAUUCUGGGCAUCGGGGACUCGUCCGCCCAGUACACGGGUUGCUUGAAAGCUACGGACGCGGGGCAGUUCGAAGUCGUCACGUCCAGGUAAAA